AUGCGUGAUGUUAACCCUGCGGAGCUUUAUCGACGUUUCCGGGCAAUGAGGCCUUAUGGACUCUCGCUCCGGACCUGGAUUCUCGUCUUGAUUUCCGUCGGCGUAUCCAUUGCCAUUGCCGCCUGGUUGACGCCCACUGGAAAUUAUUCGCACAUUGGGUACACCGGUUCCGUCAUGACCAAGGCGCACCAUGAAGCUCAGGAUCUGCCUGUUGUCGACCGCAUCUUGGAGUUCCAAACUGUUGAACAUUUCCUUUCAUUCCUGGGGGGCAGCCAACUCCCUAAUGGUACCCAACCGGCAGCACCCCAUAUCACGGCAGAGGAACUGUCUCUUCUCGAUGGUCCUUGUCCCCUUAUCUCAACCGGUGAAUCCAUCCUGGACCGGAUAGCGAUCCGCAUUGGUUCCGAGGAGGACUCCAGCCGCCUGACCAUCGUUGGCAAAAACAUCCAAUCCAUGAAAACUCGUCUCUGGGAAGGCAUUCAUCCAAUGUCAGAGGAACGCUGGGUUGAGAAACAACUCUCUAAACCUGACAAUUUCGUCUUCGCAUGUCAGCACCUCACAGCCGUCAUCGCGGUCUUCCAGUACUUGAAUGAGGCCACAGUGCGCUGUCAUCUACGCGAUACAUUCAAUCUUAUCCAUAAUGAGUGGACACUUGCGAGCGAGAUGCUGAACAGUCUACGAGACGAGUCCGGCUUGCCACGUGUUGAUCUCGCCGCUUUGUGGACCCUAUACAUGACUGCUCAUUACGAAGUUAUGACUGAGCGUGCGCAUCGUUGGGUCAUCGAUCAUGUCAAAGAGCUUCGUGCACCGAUCAUGGCUGCCCUUAAGGACCAUGUACCUCUUGUCGAGGAAAAUGGCGACAGGUUGGGGGAGCCGGAUGCGGCGCAGUGGAAGUUUACGAAUCGGCUGCAUGAGCUCGUGGAAAUUGCAGCUAAUGCGGAUUACAUUAUCCUUAUGCCUAUGGAUGGGUAUAAUGGGUAUGUGCCAACGCAGACGGAGCAGAGUGGAUCUAAUGGGUUAUUUGCUCUCGAUUGGCGACAGCGGGAAGAAGCUUACGGAGAAAUGUUGAAGUUGUCUACCCGAAGGACAGUUGUGCAAUUAAUGAUGGAGGAUAUGAUGACCAAUGGGGAUUUAAAGCUCCUGCAAGAGACAUCUGGAGAGGAGUUUUAUCGCUUGAUCUGGGCGCAGGUGAAGGCUCAGGACCAGAUCAGAGAGGAUAUGCGAAGUGCGUCGGCAGGGCCUCUUCUCCAGGAGCCGUGGGUCAAUGAACUAAAUGCUGUUCAAUUUGAUCAAGAGGUCGAGGAGGAAGGGAGAGCAAUUUCCCUUGCUGUUUAUCGGCUCACUUAUGGACAGACGGAUGAGGAAUGGAGUGAAUUUGUGAAGAUGUUUGAAGAGCACAGUCAGAAUUGGGGCUUAGGACUGGAGGGAAGUGACCAGUUGAAGGGUUUUCUAAAGUUCGAGUGGAUUGAUGGGAGGAAGGCUGGAAUCCCUGCAGGUGACCUUGAAGGUGCCAAAAGGAACUAUAAUGAGCUCUUAGGGCUCGCCAAAGAUGAAGAUCAGGAAUGCCUGAAAGUGAAGAAUAUCAUCCUCGUCAUUGAUGCCGCAUCUUAUGCUUCAUACACAACAGACAUCUAUCGGCCCACGUCAAGGAUAUUGAAUCCCGGUGAUUUCACGGGCUUCGUUGUUGCCGUCGACCUAGAAUACAAUCCUGACCUAGGUCUCUCGAGACCUGACGAGUCGCCAGGAUACACCGGGGAAAUGAGAAUUCUGGGAAGUCUUGUGUGGUGUGAUGUUGUCGCGCAGCUGGUGGCUCAAUCGAUCGGGCUCCAUGAUUUGUGGCCGUUGGCUUCUGAUCAUCCCAACCAAGUUUACACCGGACCAACAGUGCCGCUGGAGGUUGUUGCUUUGCGAGAAACAAAAUGUCGCGCAGUGCAUUCUGCUCGUGAAGGCUAUGGGGGAUAUUGA